CGCACAUAGUGUCAGAAGAGGCCCAGCAGAGCUGCAUUAAGUGGACCUGUGUGUGUGUGUGUGUGUGUGUGUGUGUGUGUGUGUGUGUGUGUGUGUGUGUGUGUGUGUGUGUGUGUGUGUACUCCACCACGGAGUAUGAAGUGAUCCAUGCCCCCACUGAGGAUAUUUCUGAUGCCACCCACAUUGAGCUUCUGUCUGAGUUAGACUUGAGGCAAACGGAGAGUCCUACAACCGUCAGCUGUACGUCAAAAGGAGUCUCACUGGAGGUAACAGAUCCUGGAGUAACAGGGAACGGGAUGUAACACCUCAGGCCAGAGCUGAGCCUUAAAGCAGCGAUGGGUUAAAAUCCGUCAGCCAUGGUGGUGACACAUCUGGCGCUGGAGCUUCAAUUCCAGGGGAAGAAGCUGAGGGGCUUCACCUGCAAGCUAACUCGCUCAGCCCACAGCCUCCUUCCAGAAAACUCACGGAGCGUUGUGAGACAGGUCCUGCUCCCUUACCUGGUGUCUGGGCUGGGAAUGGUGGCAGCCGGGAUGGUCAUGGACGUAGUGCAACACUGGGAGGUGUUCCAAGAGAUCUCUGAGGUGUUUAUCUUGGUGCCAGCUCUGGUGGGGCUGAAGGGAAAUCUAGAGAUGACUCUGGCAUCCAGGCUGUCAACAGCAGCCAACACUGGGCAGAUGGACGAGGCCCGGCAGCGGUGGAGGUUGGUGUGCUGUAACAUGGCCCUCAUUCAGGUUCAGGCCACAGUUGUGGGCUUCCUGGCAGCCAUUGCUGCUGUGGUCCUCGGUUGUCUGACCAGAGAGAGAGUGGAUGGUGUCCAGGCUGCCAUCCUGUGUGCCAGCAGCAUCACCACUGCCUUCAUCGCCGCGCUCGCUCUAGGGCUGGUGGUGGUAGCGGUGAUUAUUGCCUCCAGAAAGGUGGGCGUCAACCCGGAUAACGUGGCGACGCCCAUCGCUGCUAGCCUCGGUGACCUCAUCACCCUGUCCCUGCUGGCUGGUGUCAGCAGCUUCUUCUUCGCUUACAGAGACACGUGGUACCUGCCCUCCGCUGUGUGUGGCUUCUUCCUACUCCUCAUCCCUGUGUGGGUUUGCAUUGCAAGACGCAGUCCACCAAUCAGAGAGGUCCUAAAGUCAGGCUGGCAGCCAGUUAUUUUGGCCAUGUCUAUCAGCAGUAUUGGUGGUCUGAUUCUGGAUAAAACUGUGAGCAAUCCCAACUUUGAAGGCAUGGCUGUGUUCACUCCCAUCAUCAACGGUGUUGGAGGAAAUCUCGUGGCCAUCCAGGCGAGCAGGAUGUCUACGUUCCUCCAUUACUGGAGCGUUCCUGGAGCUCUUCCACUGAAAAUGAGUGCCGACUGCCCAGGACCUUGUGCCACCUUCUUCUCCUCAGAUGUGAACUCCAUAUCAGCCAGGGUCCUGCUCACCCUGGUGGUCCCGGGUCACCUCCUCUUCCUCUACACUGUCCAGCUGCUACAGGGAGGCCAUACCCCCAUGACAGCUUCGUUCAUCAUCUGCUACCUAAGUGCAGCUCUGCUUCAGGUGGUGAUCCUGCUCUACUCGGCCGCCCUGAUGGUCCGCUGGCUGUGGAGGAGGAGCCUGGAUCCAGACAACUACUCCAUCCCCUACCUCACAGCUCUGGGGGACCUGCUGGGGACCGCUUUCUUGGCGCUGACCUUCAGAUUCCUCACCGAGGGCAGCUCUAGUGGCACUGGACUCUGAAACAUUUAGUAGGCAGUCACUCUGCUCCGGUGCCUCCUGUUGGGCCGCAGCACACCGCUGAGCUUAAGACAAUGAAAGACGAGUGGUUCCUUUUGUCAGCUUACGUCUCAUUUAGGAGAGGAUUAGAGAUGGGACAAUUUGACUAUGAAUCGGAACGUAAUUGUACCACAACCAUGCUUCAAAGGUUCUUGUAGAGUGUCCAUUUCUAUCACUUAAUGAGGAAUUUAAAGAACAAGAACAGCUCAAGUGUAAUCCCAUAGCCGCUCUUCUUGUCCGUCUACUGCACAUAAUAUGUCGUCUACUUAAAUUAGGCACGGUGGUAUCAUUCUAUGACGCUGCUUCUCAUUAGCAGAACUUGGCUAAAUCCAUUAUGGACGGUGCUAAAUACUAAAAUCUUGACAAAAGCUGCCCCAGGGGAGGCGAGAUAAAUCCUGGUGCCCGGUGGUUUAGGGGUGAGAUUUCAACGCGUUGGGAGAACUCAAAGCCUGAACCUCAACCUGACGGAGACUCUGCCAGCAGCCCAAGAUUAAUGAAUACCAACAGAACCGAGGGACCGCAGCUGAAAGGACGCGGGCCGUUUGAGCUCACAGAGUCGGCACGGGCUGCGCUGAGCAGGUGUACCACACAGACGCAGGAACACCUGAGGCUGAGGCAACUGAGAGCUGGGAACUUCAUGUUCUGACCCGGAGGGGUGUAUAGAAAACAACAUUUAGAUAAAAAAAGUCAACGUUGAAAAAGGCUGACGUAUAUUUACAAUGAAGGUGUUUUAGCGUAGAGAAGAAGCGAGCAAGCUAAAAUAGAUGAGACCCUAUGUUUGCUACCCUGUGUGUGAAGCUGUAGGCUAACAACAGCACAAAGACCAAUAUUCAGCAUUUUGUUUCAGUAGGGGGGAAUUCUCCAGUAAAGGUAGCCCAUAUUAGAGCACAAAUCAGGCCUGUCCAGCAGAGACAAAGGUGGUCAUAUGAAAAGAGACAUGAAUUGUAAACAUCUUUUGCACUUUGGUCCUCGGUCAAUAUUUGUGCGCCGUUCACAAUGAGCUCCGAACGGACCGCUCUGCAGAAACUACCGGUGCGUCCGUAUGCCUGUUGUUAAUGUUAGAUGGCAGAGGCUUUUGUUUUGGCCAAAAACACAUAACUGGGUGUGCAUUAAAUCAGAUGCUGUAAAAGUCUGGACGGACCUGUUCCGUGUUUAUCUUAGCUAGAUCCGGGCCUCGGUCUGAGUCCAGUCUCUGGUAUCAAACUCGUCUGAGUGUUAGUACGUCUUCCAGCUGACAAACAACUGUGUUUGGGAUCCGAUGUUUUGUUUUUAGUGUGGAGCUUUUCGGAUUUCUUUGAAAAUGGCAAUAACUGGUUGUGAUUUGUUCAGUUGAAUAAAACAUGUAAGGUAAAGACACCAUCUUGUUGAGAUGCAUUUAUUCGAAAGACGUGGAAGAACUUACACCUAGUUUGGUUUGGCUUUUUUAGAGCUAGAAAUAAUAAAUAAAAAUAAUAGUUACACAAAAUUUUUUUUUUUUCCUACAGUAAAAA